AUGGGCGCGCGGGCCGGGGCGCUGCUGCUGGCGCUGCUGCUGGCGCGGGGGGCCCUCGGGAAGCCGGAGUGGCGGGAGGGGGACCUGUUGUCAGGGCCCUGCGGUCGGCGGACCACCCAGUCGCGCGUGGUGGGUGGAGAUGACUCGCAGCUUGGGCGCUGGCCAUGGCAGGGGAGCCUGCGUUUCUGGGGCUCCCACCUUUGCGGAGUGAGCCUCCUCAGCCGCCGCUGGGUGCUCACAGCUGCUCACUGCUUCCGCAGGGCCCCUGACUGCUCUCUCCUCCCUACCAGGUCGACUAACCCCUUUUCGUGGUCGGUCCAGUUUGGCGAGCUGACUUCCAUGCCGUCUUUCUGGAACCUGCAGGCCUACUACAAUCGUUACCAGGUGCAGAAUAUUUAUAUAAGGCCCAAGUUCCAGGGGUUAUCACCCUAUGACAUCGCCAUGGUGAAGCUGUCCACCCCCGUCGUGUACACUAACCACAUCCAGCCCAUCUGUCUCCUGGCCUCCACAUUAGAGUUCGAGAACCGGACGGACUGCUGGGUGACCGGCUGGGGGCAUAUCAAAGAGCAUCAGCCUCUGCCAUAUCCCUACACCCUCCAGGAAGUGCAAGUUGCCAUCAUAAACGCCUCCAUGUGCAACCAUCUGUUCCAACGAACCGAUUUCCGCAUGGACGUCUGGGGAGACAUGGUUUGCGCUGGUUAUCCCGAAGGCGGCAAGGAUGCCUGCCAAGGUGACUCAGGUGGACCCUUGGUCUGCGACAGGAAGGGGCUGUGGUAUCAGGUUGGAAUCGUGAGCUGGGGAGUAGGCUGUGGUCGGCCCAACCGGCCUGGUGUCUACACCAACGUCAGCCAGCACUUCAGAUGGAUCCUGAGGGUGAUGACCCAGAGUGGCAUGCCCAGGCCAGACCCCUCCCUGCCGCUGCUCCUCACGCUGCUCGGGGCUCCCCAACUCCUGCAGCUUGAGGCUUGAGUGUC